AUGGCGGCCUUUCCCGAGAGCUGCGUGGAUGCCACCAUGCUGGACUUUGUCGCAGAUCUGUCCCUCGCCUCCCCAGGGCACCCCCUCCUCUGCGACUUCGCGCCCGGCGUCCCCUUUGGGGACCGAGGUCUUGUGCUUCCCGAGGGAAGACCCAGGAGGCUGGCAGGCUUUGAGGAGGAGGAUCCAGAAGAAGAGGAGGGCGAAGUAGACGAGGUGGGGGAGGAGGAGGAAGAGGAGCUCGAGAGAGGCGCCUCCCUGCUGGGCCGCCCGAAGAGAAAAAGGGUGAUCACCUAUGCUCAGCGCCAGGCCGCCAACAUCCGCGAGAGGAAGCGGAUGUUCAACCUCAACGAGGCCUUCGACCAGCUGCGAAGGAAAGUGCCCACUUUUGCUUACGAGAAGAGGCUGUCCCGGAUCGAGACCCUACGCCUGGCCAUCGUCUACAUUUCCUUCAUGACCGAGCUCUUGGAGAGCUGCAAGAAAAAGGAAACCGGCUGA